AUGUCUGUUUCAGCCUAUCAAAAGAUCAGUCUGCCAGAGUUGACGUUAUUCUUAGAUGAUGUUUACAGAAAUAUAACCCACGAUGACAAUACCGACUUCAAAAAAUUAAUAUUGUAUCUUUAUGGAUUCACCAGCUCUAAGUUACAAGUUUUACAGCAGAAAGAUGAUCUGAAUUUCAGUGAAAAUAUAACCCUCCUUAAAAGGUUAAUAAGUACUAUUGAGUUAGUUUUAGCUAAAAGAAAGCAUUUGCUUAAUAUUGAAAUAACAAGUGAAGAAGAUGCACAAAUAUUCGGUCUUGAUACAGGUAAUGAUGUUCAAAGUGACCCCCAAUUGUUAUACGAAUGGGCCAUUUUUUUUGGUUUAAAGUACAUAGCACCAUUCGACGGCAAUAAUGAAAUAACUAAUAUUGUCAAAAGUUAUAUUAUAGAUAUUAUUAAUUUGGUAACGACAACUUUGCAUAAUUUUAGGUACAAGAAUCAGAUCAAAAUUAAGUUAUUACGAAUAUUUGAUGAUGACUUAAACAAUCUAUUCAAUAAAUUAAGUAUAGCGAAUUCGUUAUCAAACUUCAAUUCUACUUAUUCGAAAGAUCUAGCGAGAACUGUUCACUUAUACUCCAUCCUAAAUGAUUAUGACUUGUCUGUCAAACUAUUACUUAACAUAAAUAGUAUGGAAUUAAAAUUUGAAUCAUUUGCUAGAAAAUUAUGGUUCAUUCUCAACCUGAUUGAUCUAAAGUUGAUUGUUUUGAAUGAAGCAGACAAGAAUCUAAGAUUAUUAGACAACCUAAAAUCGGUAUUAGUUUUAAACCUAACAAACAAUUUAUUGAUUAAUGAAUCAGUUAAUUGGUCCCAAAUUUCAUUGGUUAUUAACUGGAUUAUUGACCAUAUCAAAUCAUUUGAUGAAAAUACUUCAAACACUUACAAUUCACAGUUAGUUGCCUUAAACAGAUCAGUAAGCUAUAGUUUAAUGAGGGUUUUUCAAUUAUGUCGAGAAAAAGACUGCUUGGAAUCUUUUGUCAACUCUUUCCAACUCAAUUCAUUCAUAAUGUCAAUUUCUAACAAGCAUACUAAGUUUCCUGAAAUUAUUAUCAAAUCAGUGCAUGUAAUCAACUAUCAGUACGGUAUCACCACCGACAAUUUAAGAAUCAUUAAUUUUUACCGAACUAAUAAGUUCGUCAUUACUCCAUUCAACGACUUCGAACUAGAUUCCCUAAAAUUAGAAUUGAAUGAGUAUUCUUACAAAUUGAGCCAUGAAAAUAAAAUAAUAUGCAACUUACUAUAUUUCAUAGCCAUACCAAAAUCUAUGAUUUCUGAUAAUGAUAAUAAUGAGCAGUUUAAUUUUGCUUUUUGGAUUACACAUGUUAAGAAUCUUAUUGAUCUUGAUCUUCGUGAUGAUAACAGCGACAAUAGGAUCUUUGAUAAAAGAUCUACAUUAUUUACAUUUAUAACUUCUUUAGGUCAUUUUCCAUGCCUUGUUAAUGGUGAUUAUCACUUUAAGAUUGAAGAAUGUACAAGAUGUGGUAAUUGUCCUCUGAACAAGACAUACUAUGAGACUGUAUCACCACUCAGAAAAUAUGUUACGGAUCAGCAAGAAAUGCAAGUAUAUUAUAAAAAUAUUAUCUGUGACUUCUUGUUGGGUGAUAAAAUGAAUAUUAUUCAAAAUGACCCAUUAUUGUGCUCUAAUAUGUUAUUGACAAUUUUCAAGCUUUUUGUUUCCUUUAAACCUCCUACAAGAUAUAACUACAACGAAGACAUAGUUUUUAGAUUUGUCAUGAAAUGCUUAAAUCAGAGUCUUAACAGAGAUGUAAGGAUACUUUCUACGAGGAUACUACCUCUUUAUUUGAUAUCACCUAAAGAUGAAAUCCUUGAAGCAAGUUUUCGUUCGGUGUUUCGGGAGGUUUCUCAAAUUAAGUUUGAUAACGAAAGCAGAAAAAUAUACCUUGCUGAGUCAACAAUCAAAGCUUUAGGUGAAUUGGCUAUUAUAUCUGAAGGUGAAUGGCUAUGUGUUUUGUUUAUUAAAUUAAUUGAUCUCUUCGGAGAAGCAAAUGAACAACAUGUGAACUUAGUUUACAGUGAGUUUUUAAACGUUGCAGCAGCUAAGUGUCUUACACCAUAUAAACUUCUUUCACCAUUCUUACCAAGUAUUGCGGAACGAAUUGUAAAGCAACCCCGAAUGCUUCAAAAAAUUACAGAAUUAUUAGGAGUUUCAAAGAAGUAUUUCUUAAAUAGAACAAAAGAGUACACUACUCCUAGAUUUUUGGAAUAUUACAAGUAUGAUUUUAUACAUGAAAUAGCAGAAGCUUCAGGAAUAUCAAAAUGGAAAUUAAUUACUAGGCAUUUGCCCAGAAUCAUGGCAACAUAUCUAUGCAAGGAUGAUACGAUCAACGAACCCUAUAUCAUCAACGUCUUGAGUAAUGUUAGCCCUGAAUAUAAAACUUUAUCAAUGACUGAUUUAAUUUCUAGCGUUGGAGAGAUAACGUGGUUCAUAUUACUUCAGAUCCAAAUAGACGAAAAAGGAAAUUUUCAAAAUGAAGCAAAAAUAUUGAAUGCUUUAAGGUAUGUUUCAAAGAUCAAUAUGUUAAAAAACGGAAGCAGCAAAACUAGGGUUCCAAAAGAUUUUGAUUACAUUGAAAAUCUUUUGGGAGAUCAUGUUUUAGAAUUAGUUCAAAGAUUCUCUGAGAACGUACAUCAUAUAAAAGGUACAAAACCGUUCCUCGAAAAGGUUAGUUCUUUAAGAGCCAUUGAAUUUCUUAUUAGUAAGAAUACUACUGCUGCUGCUUCGGCUUUGGGUCAAAUAUCUACAUGUUUACAGGCAACUUUGGAAAAUCCUGAUUUUGAAUUACCUGCAAUUAGGUGCUGGAAUGUACUUGUACAGAAUUUACAGACUAAUCAUUUAAUAUCACUAUUCGACAUUAUCAUUUCCUUAAUAUUUCAAAAAUUUAAUAAACUAGAACACAGAUCUAAAUUGAUAGCUGUUGAUAUUUUAAAAAAAUUAUUUCUAGAGUUGAGAGAUAAAUAUAACAAAUAUUCACUCUACUACUUUUCGGUGCCAUUUAUUGAAAAUUUAGAUAAGUACUAUAAACUAGAUGCAAGCUUUCGAAACUUGAUAAAGCCAAGAUCGAAAACUAGUUACUUCCCAGAAUUUACCAGAAGGUUGAAAACAAGUAAUAAAUAUGUUGUUCAACAAGCGUUGGAUGACCUUAUCAAUUAUACGACGAAAUAUCAGGAAAGAUGUCAGAUCGAAGACUUCAAAGACCCCUUACUUGAAAACUAUAUAGCUGAACUUAUGCGAACUUUGUUGGAUACGGCUUCUAAAUUCAAAAAUGAUGAUAAUGAAAUUUCUACGAGCUGUGCAAAAUCCCUCGCAAUUAUAGGAGCAUUAGAUUCAAACAAGUUUAAUUUGAAAACAAUCAAGGAUCAAGUUAUGAUUAUACAUGAUUUCCAUGAUUAUAAAGAAAAUGCUGAUUUUUUGAGACACUUUAUGGAAAAUAGAGUUAUCAAACUAUUUUGGGCGUCCAACGAUCCAGUUAAACAAUUAUUUUCAGCAUAUUCAAUGCAGAAGUUUUUAGAAGUUUUGAGACUAGAUAACAGUGUACUUAAUCCAACCAGUCAAGAUUUAUUAGCUGAGACAUGGAAAAAAUUCAGCGAUGUGGCAAAAUCUACGUUAACUCCACUUUUAUCAUCAAAAUAUGUAUCGCCAAUAUCACGAUUUGAACCUGUUCAAUUCCCAUAUUAUAAAGUUGGAUCAAACCAUGAAAAAUGGCUUAUUGAUUUCACCUCAAAUUUGCUUAAGAGGCCUCUCAAAAGUGUCCUUGAAACGCCAAAUGAAACAAAAUGCGUGAUAUUUCAAACUUGUUCAAUGCUAGCACGAAACCAAGAUAUAUCAAUAUGCCAAUAUCUCUUAAAAUAUAUUGCUUUGAGCCAUAUAAUUAAUGGUGACGAAUCUGUUGCUUCAGAUAUCAAAACAGAAUUUUUGCAUAUUUUACACAUAGAUUCCUCUUCAUUACCCCCCGAUAGAGUCGAGCAGCUAAAAUUGUGUUACCAAUCGAUUUUUGAAGUUUUAGAUUAUUGUAACGAAUGGGUUUCGGCUGCAACACAGUUCUUAAAUGACUCUCAAUUACUGAAAGCAGAAACUAUUAGACUUAAGAAGAACAUUGCCUUUGUUGGGAUAUUUUUGGAGAGUAUACCAAUGGACUUAAUUGCCAUCAAAUCAGCGGAAUGUGAUUCUUAUGAGAGAACUAUCUUAUGCUUGGAAAAAUGUUAUAGAGAUGGCAGAGUAGAUGAAUCUUAUUUAAUAGAUAAUCUAAAUAUUGUUAGUACUUUGCAAAGUAUGUACUCAAAUAUCAAUGAUUUUGAUGCUCUUGCAGGUAUUUUGAAAAAGUUUUCAACGAAUAACUUGACUGAAAAAUUAACUACUUUCCAAUAUAAUGAAAAUUGGUCUCUAGCGCAAGAAUCUUUUCAAGUUUUGAGUGAGACUGGUAAUGAGCAAAAUAAAAUAAAAAAUAAUACAAAGCUUUUAAAAUCAUUAAGUGAACAUGCAUUAUACGAUGAAGUGCUUUCUACUUUGGCAGCAAAGAUUGAUCUUGAUAAUUUAAAUAGUAUACCACUCGAUUGGUCAAUGGUUGGUCUUCAAGCGGCUGUUGUGUCUGGUGAUAAGAAUCAAAUCGACAAAUGGACUUACAUUACAGAUUCUAUAGGUAAACCGCAGGAUGUUGAAACUUUAACUAAUUAUCAAUUUGCCAAGGGUUUGAAAUUCUUGUAUGAAUCCAAAAAUGAAGAAUUCAAGCAAUGCAUGGAAAGUAUUUAUCGAACUAUCGGUUCUUCCUUGGUCUCCUCUAUGUCUUCAUCGUUUUCCAGGAAUUCAGUUUUAAUGGCACAGUUACAUAUUAUGUUUGAUUUAUCUUUGACAGUUUCCAAUUAUCCAUUCCUUAACGAGUCUCUUAGAAGAGAAAAUGAAAGUAUUUUAAAGGAGAGAAUCAAAAAUAUUGAUCAAGGCUUUGAUUCUCAGUGGAAAAUAUUAGCUAUGCAUAGGGUGGCCUAUAUGGUAAUGGAAGACAAGAACAAAAUAUCUGAUAUAUUACUUUUUUGUUCAAAGGUUGCAAGAAAAAAUGAGAGGCUAGAUAUUUCAACCAGAAGUAUCAUGAAAGCUAUGGCAUUAAAUGAUCAAGGUGCUAAUAUUGAAUAUGCUGAGUUAUUGUGGGCACAAGGUAGACAAACAGAAGCUAUUAAGUCACUUUCCAAAAUAAUUUCCGAUGACCAAUUCAAAAGCAAACAGCAGAAGGCUAGUGUGCAACUCCAGUAUGCUGAGUGGUUAGAUGAAUCAAACCAUAGUUCAUCAGCUACUAUCAUUUCCGAAUAUGUGAAAGCUUAUAAGCUAGAAAGUACUUGGGAAAAGCCAUUUUAUGAUUUAGGAAAAUAUUAUAAUAAAAUUAAAGAAUCUCAAUCAGACGUAAGUGGGUUUUGCGAACAGCAAAUUAUUAGAUUCUUCUUAAAAGCUUUAGCACUAGGCCCAUCUUUCAUAUUCGAAGCUUUACCUAAGUUUAUUACAAUUUGGCUUGAUUUUGCACAACAACAAAAAAAGUCUAAAGAAUCCGAACGCAUAAUGAAUCAGAUCAUUCUAGAUAUUAGUUCUUAUAUUGAUGUCAUUCCAGUAUAUGUAUGGUACACGUCGAUAACUCAGAUAUUGUCUAGAAUUGGACAUAAACACAAUCCUUCAGCCCAGCUUCUUUUCCAGGUAAUUUUUAAACUUGUUCAAGCCUAUCCUAAACAUGGUUUAUGGUAUGUCUUAUCGCAUUUAAAUUCAAAUGAUUCUACUAGAAAGCAACGAGUUUCCGGAAUUCUCAAAAAGUUGCAAUCUUCAGAUUCAUCUUUGGCAUCCAACAUCCAAAGUGCAAGAGAUUUGUUUAGCAGUCUUAUAAAGCUUGCUGGUUUUAAAAUACUGAAAAAGACUGUUAGAAGAAUGUCAAUAAAAAAUGACUUUGGCAUUAAUAAUUUGAAUGAAAGCUAUGAUUCAUUAGUCAUACCUGUAAGGUCAAAUCUUGAAAUUAGAUUACCUUCUGUAAAGCAUACUAAAAAUUUUGCAAGUGCCUUCCCGAAGCCUUCUAGUGUUACAUUCGAAGGAUUUGAUGAUAUGGUGAACAUUUUUCAUUCUUUACAAAUGCCUAGACAAGUGUUUAUAAGGGGUUCAAAUGGGUUAACGUACCUCCUUAUGGUAAAAAAAGAUGAUACAAGAAAAGAUGCCAAAGUUGUUGAGUUUACAACUAUGAUUAAUAGGUUAUUGUCAGCCAGUACCGAAGCUCGAAAGCGAAAUCUAAGUAUUGCUAAUUAUUCAGUUGUUCCACUAGCAGAAAAUAUGGGAGUGAUUGAAUUUGUACAAGAUGUUGCAACAAUGAAAGGAAUUAUAAAUGAUCAGCGAAAACGAAUGGGACAGCCCUCUAAUGAUAGAAAGCUUUUCAUGAAACUUGAUGAAGCUCAAAAAAUGGUCAAGAAUAAACCUUCGUCCGACCAAACUGCUCUAAAUACUCUUGUUGAGUUAUUCGAAAAUAUAUGUAAGAGUACACCUCCAGUUUUACAUAAUUGGUUUAUUAAUCAAUUCUCAGAUCCUAGAACAUGGUACUUGGCGAGAACUUCAUUUACCAGGUCGUCUGCUGUAAUGUCAAUAGUUGGGUACAUAAUAGGUCUUGGAGAUAGACAUUGCGAAAACAUACUAUUCUUCAAGAAAACGGGCUCAGUUCUUCACAUUGACUUUGAUUGCUUAUUCGAAAAAGGUAAAACGCUACCUACACCUGAAAUUGUGCCUUUUAGACUAACCCAAAACAUGGUAGAUGCUAUGGGUAUUAGUGGAAUUGAAGGGUCAUUUAGAAUUACUUGUGAAGUUACUGGGUCUAUAUUGAGAGAAAAUGAAGCUUCUUUGAUGAAUAUCUUAGAAACUCUUAUAUAUGAUCCAUUAUUAGAUUGGAAGACGCAGCAAAAUCCUCAAGACCAUUUAAGAAAAGUUAGAAGAAAGAUUAGGGGAUUAGUAGAUGAGAAUGAGGGUUUACCAAUGAAUAUUCACGGUCAAGUUGAUAUACUCAUACAGGAAGCAUCAGCAGUAGAAAAGUUAUGCCAAAUGUAUGGUGGAUGGGCAGCAUAUACAUAA